AGGUAGCAUUUGGACAAGAGGCCCCAAGAAUGCUGUAUCCAGAGGGAAUGCUGUGGAACGUCAUGACAUGAAUACCCUAAGCCUGCCCUUGAACAUACGCCGAGGCGGGUCAGACACCAACCUCAACUUUGAUGUGCCAGAUGGCAUCCUGGACUUUCACAAGGUCAAACUCAGUGCAGACAGCCUGAGACAAAAAAUCCUAAAGGUAACGGAGCAGAUAAAGAUCGAGCAAACAUCCCGAGAUGGGAAUGUCGCAGAGUACCUGAAGCUGGUCAACAGCGCGGACAAGCAGCAGGCGGGCCGCAUCAAGCAGGUGUUUGAAAAGAAGAACCAGAAGUCGGCUCACUCCAUCGCCCAGCUGCAGAAGAAGCUAGAGCAGUACCACAGGAAGCUGAGGGAGCUCGAGCAGAAUGGAGCCUCCAGAAGCGCCAAGGACAUCUCCAAAGACAACCUGAAGGACAUACAGCACUCUCUGAAAGAUGCCCAGGUGAAAUCUCGAACUGCCCCCCACUGCAUGGAGAGCAGUAAGUCGGCCAUGCCGGGGGUGUCCCUCACGCCCCCUGUGUUCGUGUUCAGUAAGUCCAGAGAGUUUGCCAACUUGAUCCGGAAUAAGUUUGGCAGCGCCGACAACAUCGCUCACUUAAAAAACUCCUUAGAGGAGUUCAGGCCCGAGGCGAGUGCCAGGGUCUAUGGGGGCAGCGCCACCAUCGUGAACAAACCCAAGUACGGCAGUGAUGACGAGUGUUCCAGCGGCACCUCGGGCUCGGCUGACAGCAACGGAAACCAGUCCUUCGGGGCCAGCAGGGCCAGCACUCUGGACAGCCAGGGGAAGCUCGCCAUGAUCCUGGAGGAGCUGAGGGAGAUCAAGGACACCCAAGCCCAGCUGGCAGAGGACAUCGAGGCACUGAAGGUGCAGUUCAAGAGGGAAUACGGGUUCAUUUCGCAGACCCUGCAGGAGGAGAGGUACAGGUAUGAGCGACUGGAAGACCAGCUGCACGACCUGACAGACCUGCACCAGCACGAGACGGCCAACCUGAAGCAGGAGCUGGCCAGCGCCGAGGAGAAGGUGGCUUACCAGGCCUACGAGCGGUCGAGGGACAUCCAGGAAGCCUUGGAAUCCUGCCAGACUCGCAUCUCUAAGCUGGAGCUGCACCAGCAGGAGCAGCAGGCCCUGCAGACAGACACGGUGAACGCCAAGGUGCUGCUGGGGAGGUGCAUCAACGUGGUCCUGGCCUUCAUGACCGUCGUCCUGGUGUGCGUGUCCACCCUCGCCAAGUUCGUCUCGCCUGUGACAAAGAGCCGCUUCCACGUCCUUGGCACCCUCUUCGCUGUGACUGUCCUUGCAAUAUUUUGUAAAAACUGGGACCAUAUCGUGUGUGCCGUGGAAAGGAUAAUCAUCCCAAGAUGAAGCCGGUUCCUGCCUUCACAUUGUUCUUAAGUUUUUAUUUUGAAGAAAACUCUGUGCAUAUUACCAAAUUUUUUAUUGAAUGGUUGUGCCGACUAAAGAUGACAAGAAAGACGAGGGCUGUGGGUGUAAAUGACUGCUCUCUUGGCUCGGUAGCAAUUGCCAACUCAGUCCCUGUACUCUCUCAGCGCUUCCCCACGCUGCUCACUGCCUUAAUCAGAUCAGGUUCCCUGCUCACUUGGGGAGCCCCACAUGGUAAACCUUUGUGUCUUGAGCACUUGGCGUGACUGGUGACCCAGAGGAAAGGGAGCCUCCCCCCCUCUCUCUCUUGUUCUCUUAAAUCUCUGUCAAAAGUGGACGUCAUGAUUGCUAAUGGUUGUACUUUUUCUGAGUCCUGUCAACAGCAAGGAUGUGACAGGAUUCAGGAAGGUAAGGAAACAAGCAUUGGCUAUGUUGAGCACUGGGGACCGUGUUGAAGUAGAGUGAAUCUCUGUGCAAUCUAUCCCACUUGUCCACAGGUACCACAGGCCCCUUGUGUACCCACUGUGCACGGUGGUCAAUUGUGUGUGACCUUAUAACAUGGAAGUCUUAUACCUGCUUAUCCACAAAAGUCUGCCUUACAGGUGUUGCUGCACUCUAGAUGGUGAGACACUAGGAUUUACAAAGGGCGCGUUCCUCUUCUUAUUCCCAGGGAACCACGCCCCUGAUUUCAUCUUAGCAAGUUAGCAAAUGCCCUCCCUCCAAAGCAUACAGAAAUACUUCCUUCCUCAUUAGACUGCGGCCUUGUUCAUUUGGGCUCCUGCGAGCCCUUCACCAGAGGUUUGUAUUCUGGCAAAUCUUGACUUUGAGGAUAUCAUUCACUUUACUCUCAGGGCUGUGAAGAUCAGAUGGCCAAGCUUCCUCAGGAAAUGAAAACAAGCAAGGCUAUGAUGCAGGGUUUUCCUGAAGAACAACAGAGUGACAGUCUAUAAAGCUAACAUGCACUGAGGUAGGACCUGGACACUGGCACGAGGACAAAGUGACAUUGGUCCAGUCAGAUGGUAGUAGAUUAGUGGGAGGCUCUGCGCAGGGGUGAGAAAGGGCAGCGAGAAUGCGGUGGGGUGAGUGUAGUGUUGGGGCCCCAGUUGCUGGCUGUCUCUUAGGAGCUCACUGAGACUAGGUCCACAUAGUGGAAUGGCUCACUGCCACUGAGGGGAAGCAUUCAAAAGUCCUGGCUUCCUCCUGGUGAUACUUUCCUUUAAAUCUGGUUCUCUGUGUCCCAAAAAGGAAGCUGUAGAAUAUUGUGGUGGGAACUCCUGCCCUACUAUCCCCACCGUUCCUGAAGGUGUAGACAUCUGUUAGUGUUCAUUUUCUUCCAGAAGAUACCACAUCUCCUGGAUUUAAAUCAGGUGCAAUAUUUUGCAGACAGCUGCUCCUAUGGGGAUCUCCUGAAAAAAAUGUGAGAAUGUGCCAUGGCUUGAGAGAAGGAAGGAGCUGAGUGCUUACUACAACUCCAGCGUGGAUGAAUGACACUUGUACAACUCCAGUUUCUUUUGCAGAACUGCACACUUUGGUGAUUUUAGUAAAUUAAAAAAACUAUCCAAACAUCAAAUCCACCCCUAACCAAUUCAAGCUUUUUUAAAACAAUGAACAUCAUUUCAUGAAAUCUGUGGUUAUAAAGUAUUUUGGAAUCAGGGACAAGGGAAUUAUGAGUUCCACCUGCACUGCAGGGCCUUGUCCCCUUUCCUUGUCACACUCCCAAGUUGUCUGUAUCCACUGUGACCCUUUGAAUCAAGGGGGCAGUGAGGGUUCCAUGUCUGAGCAGGGAGGGAGAAAGAAUGGUGUGCCUCCUCCCACUUGUCCAUUUCAGUGGACAGCCUGCCUCUUCCCUGUGGGCAUCAGACUCCAUCAACUUGUACCCUUAAGUCACAGGAGCCCUGCUGGGCUGCUCUUGAUACUUGUGAAUCUUUCUGAGGGGCCCUUUGGACCUAGCAGGGUUGGGGUGGAGAAGGGGAGUAAGAUGCAGCUGCUAGUUUACAAAGAAUGAGUGAGAUGGGCACAUGAGGCUUGGGGCUCCAGAAGGCCCCGAGAAGAUGCAAGCCCCAGUGUCUCUCUCUCUCUCUCUCUCUCUCUCUCUCUCUCUCUCUCUCUCUCUCUCAUACACACACACACACACACACACACACCAUGCCAUGGCACGGCCUAGCAAGCUCACUGUGAGCGACACCUCUCUGACCUGUGUGUCUUCUCCCAAUGAGAGACGAAAAUGGGAAGCAGCACACCACACCAGCUCCAGCUGGAGCUAUGAACAACCUGCUGGAAUCCAGCUCCAGUCUGAAAUACUGCAGGGCCUAAGUCAUCCAGCCUGACCUGAAUUCUUUUGAAGAAUUCAUAUUUCCAUUGACUCUCAUUUAAAUGUCAGAUAACCUUGUUUCACUUGCAUAUGCUCAACCUACAUGGCCUGUUUAUUUUAGUCUUCUGGAAAGUUCAUGAGGCUUUUUACUUUUUAAUAAGAAGAUAUACUUCAAGGAGACUUUUACUCUGUCCAGUUUAUUAUUCUCUUCUUAAAGACUGUGCCUCCCACUGCCUUUGCUCUUCAGUGUAUAAGAUGAAAUGGAAAUGUAUGAAUAUACACUUUAAAACCGUCAUGUAACUAUGACAUAUGCUGGGAUUGGAUGCUUAAUCUACAUUUAAGACAACUGAUCCUCUGUACCUUCUGUUGGUGGUAAACACAUCGUGCACACCUAAAGAUGAAAGCCAGGUGUUGGGUGGGUAAGCACCUGAUCACCCAGGCAUGUUACUGAUUUACGAAGUUGGACUCUGGAUUGUAGCACUGGACUUUUCGGUGACGUUACCAUCAUGAUUACAGGAUCAUGAUAGUUUGUCAAGGACAGAGCCAAAACUUAAGAUACUCUUCUGUGGGCUUUGAAUUUGUUAUUUCAGCUCAUAUUUGAAACAAAACCUCUACUCUCUCCUCGACCCCUCCAAAAAGAAAAAAUAAUAAUCUAAUCCACAAGGAAGCAGCAACUAAAAGCGUUCCAUUGCUGAUUUUGUGGGGUUUUUUUUUUUAAUCCUUUUUACAUUUACUCACAUGUAUAUACAUUGUU